CCUCUCUAUUAGAUAUGCUGAAAAUCUUAACAGAAAAUAAAGAUAAAGCGCAUGAAUGUGAGGAAUGUCAUAAGAAAUUUCAAAAUCAUGGAAAUUUGAAACGUCAUAAAAAGAUACAUUCAAGAAAGUACUUGUGCAAAUUUCAAGGCUGUGACUUUAAUUCAGAAAUACAAGGAAUUUUAAUUCAGCAUAGUUUUGACGAACAUCUGAGACCCAACUCUUCCGAAAAUUCAACAGAGAAUGCAGAAGAAUUUUCCCAAAGAGACAGACAAAAUUAUAUAACAAUCCACAAAACCUUUUUAUAACAGUGUUGUGUCCGUAACAAUUUUCACUAAUGUUUUCGACCUCCACCGAGGUCUUCUUCAGGUGGUGACUAAACAGUGUCUCCUCUUGACCGUUGGAACGAUGACGCCCGAGAUGUAAAUAAUGCACGUAUCACGUUUCACCUCUCCACUUGUCCCAGUUCGAAUUCUUUGAAUAAGUAUCUCCACCUGUGCAAUCGUCUCUCCAUCUUUAAAGUUGAUGCAGGAGGUGCCCUCAAUGUUGGCUUUAUAAAUUUCCCAGGCCUCCAGGUGACAGAUGCGAUUUAAAGAUGGAGAGACGAUUGCGCAGGUGUGGAGAUACUUAUUCGAAGAAUUCGAACUGGGACAAGUGGAGAGGUGAAACAUGA